AUGGUCAACUCAAUCGAAAUCCCAUUAAAGGACUCAGACGAGGUGAUUGAAAUACAAUUAGACAAGUUGCCAGAGUAUGAUGAAGUGCAUGGCAUUUUAAAGUCUGAACAUUCAAAUCUACAUAUAUGGAUCAAUUUAGCUUUAGAGUAUUAUAAAAGAGGCAAUUCAGCUGCAUUAGUUAUGUUGCUGCAGUCAUCACGUAGUAAUGCUAACUUAAAAUAUAAAGAUAGCGAGAAAGAUCAAAUGAAAGCUCUUGAUAUGUUGGCAGCAUACUAUGUGCAAACAGCUAAUCAAGAAAAAUGUAAAGAUAAACGCCGAGAACUUUUCAACAAGGCCACAAAACUUUAUACAACAGGGGAUAAAAUUAUGAUGUAUGAUUUGAAUCAUUUGUUGGGUCGUGCUUUCUUUUGCUUAUUAGAAGGUGGUAAAAUUGAACAAGCAGAUGCUCAGUUCAAUUUUGUAUUGAAUCAAUCAUUUAACAAUAUACCAGCUCAAUUAGGCAAAGCUUGUAUUGCAUUCAACAGGAAGGACUACAAAGGAGCUCUAGCCUAUUAUAAAAAAGUAUUGCGCUUUAACCCUCAGUGUCCUGCUGAUGUUCGACUUGGCAUGGCACAUUGCUUUUUGAAACUAGGAAACAUAGAAAAAGCUCGAUUAGCAUUUGAACGUACCUUACAGUUAGAUCCCAAUUGUGUUGGUGCAUUAGUUGGUCUUGCCGUCAUGAAGUUGAACAGUGAAAAUCCUAGUGACAUCAAAUUAGGUGUAAACAUGUUGUCAAAAGCAUAUGCUAUUGAUACAAACAACCCAAUGGUCUUAAAUCAUUUGGCUAAUCACUUCUUCUAUAAAAAAGACUAUGCCAAGUCUGAAUUACUUGCUAGACAUGCCCUACAAAACACAGAGAAUGAAGCUGUGAGAGCUGAAAGUUGUUAUCAUAUAGCUAGAGUUUUCCAUGUACAGAAUAAUUAUGACCAAGCAUUCCAAUAUUAUUAUCAAGCAACCCAGUUUGCACCUGUUACUUUUGUUCUCCCACAUUUUGGCCUUGGUCAAAUGUAUAUUUAUGGAGGUGAUAAGGAAAAUGCAGCUCAGUGCUUUGAAAAAGUGCUUAAAGCUAAUCCUGACAAUUAUGAGGCAAUGAAAAUUCUAGGUUCAUUGUAUGCUACUUCAAAAAAUCAACAGAAACGAGAUAUUGCAAAAACUUAUUUAAAAAAAAUAACAGAACAAUCCCCAGAUGAUGUAGACGUUUGGAUAGAUUUAGCGCAAAUAUUAGAGCAAUCAGAUUUACAAGCAUCAUUGUCUGCAUAUGGCAAAGCUAUAGUUUUAAUCRGCAACAUGCCUAAUAAUUACAUUCCACCAGAAAUACUUAAUAAUGUUGCUUCAUUACAUUAUAGGCUUAAUAAUAUGGAUGAAUCUCGUUAUAAACUUGAAGAAUCUUUGAGUUUGUCAAAGAAAAUGACUGAAACAAAUCCACAGCGUUAUAACUCCAUUGCUGUUACAAUUACAUACAAUUUAGCAAGGAUUUAUGAAAGGCAAUGCCAGUUUCAGAAGGCAGAAACAUUUUACAAAGACAUUCUCAAAGAGCAUCCUAAUUAUGUUGAUUGUUACUUACGUUUGGGUUGUAUGGCUCGAGAUCGUAACCAAAUUUAUGAAGCUUCUGAUUGGUUUAAAGAAGUAUUGCGUAUAAACAAUGAACAUCCCGAUGCCUGGUCACUUCUAGGGAACUUGCAUUUAGCCAAAAUGGAAUGGGGUCCUGGGCAAAAAAAAUUUGAACGUGUGCUGAAUAACCCAUCAACAUUAAAUGAUUCAUACUCAUUGAUUGCUCUGGGAAAUGUUUGGUUGCAAACUCUACAUCAACCAACUAGAAAUAAGGACCAAGAAAAAAGACAUCAAAACUUGGCAUUACAAUUUUAUACAAAAGCAUUGAAAUAUGAUCCAAGGAACAUUUGGGCUGCUAACGGAAUUGGUUGUGUUUUGGCACAUAAGAAUUGUAUAAAUGAAGCAAGAGAAAUAUUUUCUCAAGUAAGAGAAGCUACUGCUGAUUUUUGUGACGUUUGGUUGAAUAUUGCACAUUUAUACGUUGAACAAAAACAGCAUAUUAGUGCUAUUCAAAUGUAUGAAAAUUGUAUGAAGAAGUUUUUCAAACAUGAUAACGUUGAAGUACUUCAAUAUCUUGGGCAUGCAUACUUUAGAGCAGGAAAGUUGAAAGAAGCAAAAACAGUAUUUUUGAAAGCUCGAAGGGUUGCUCCUCAGGAUACAGUUUUAAUAUACAAUAUUGCUCUUGUCCUACAAAAAUUAGCAACUGAAAUACUGAAAGAUGAAAAAUCAAACUUGAAAGAUGUACUGAAAGCUKUAUAUGAACUUGAACUAUCACAUAAAUAUUUCCAAUAUUUGUCUGUUCACGGUGAUUCUAUGAGGUAUGAUGUAAGUCUAGCUAAUAUUGAAGCUAAACAGUGUCAAGAUUUACUGUCACAAGUCCAAUACUAUGUGUUAAGAGCACAUAAGAAGGAUAAUGAUGAGCUUGACAUGCGUCAUAAACAAGAAGAGAAACGAAAAUUAUACCGUGUCAAACAGAUUGAAGAACAAACUAAAGCAUUACAAAAACAAGAAGAACAAAGAAAAGAAAUAAUGCUAAAACGUCAAGAAUAUAGAGAAAAAACAAAGAAUGUCCUGGUAUUUGACCAUGUUUUAGAAAAACCUAAGGGUAAAGGGAAACGUCGUGAAAACUAUGGUUCAGAUUCUGGUGGAAGUAUUGCAUCUGAACCAAAUAACAAAAGACGUCGUAAGCCUUCAAAGUCUAACACAGCAAUGAAAAGUGGUGGAAUUGGUGGUAAUUACAAAAAGAAAAAAAUACAUGAAUAUAAAUGGAAGAAAGAUAGUGUUGCACCUGGAGGAUCUGAUGCAAGUGAUAAAAUUGCAUCAAAAAAAAAGCGUACAUCUACAAGUAUUAAAAAGGGAUCUGUGUUAUCAACUAAACAGAAACUUAAAGUUGUAUCCAAAGCAACUAUAUCUACUAGCGAGGAUGAUUGUAAUGACAAUGAAGUAAAACAACGAAUUUCUGGGCAUAAUUCAAAGAAUGCUAGAUCACGUUCAAGCUCCAAUUCUCAUUCACGUUCCGGUAGCCGUAAAUCAAGAAAUAUAUCUCGGUCUGGUGCACGUAGGUUUAGAUUAAAAUCUAAAAGUGUCUCACGCAGACUAUCAAAAUCUAGAUCACGUUUGGGUAGUAAAUCAAGUAGCUAUUCACAUUCUGGAAAUAGUUCUAGUUCUGGAAGUUGUUCGGGAAGUCGUUCACCUUCAUAUAGUAUUUCAAGAUCUAAUAGCCGAUCUAGGUCUUGCUCUGCAUCUGGUUCUAAAUCUCGCUCUCAAUCUCGAAGUAAAUCUAAUUCAGUAUCAAAAUCAUCAAACCAAUCGAAGUCUAUUAAUUGUUCUGCUACUGAUUCACCAGCUUGUUCAGGAAGUAGAUCUGCAUCUAAUUUGUAUUCCAAAUCUAGCAGCAGAUCUUUUUCUAAAUCUAGUAGUGGAUCAGCUUCUAGAUCCGGUUCAGCUUCAUCAACUUUAUGA